AAGAAGGAAAAACAGAUGACCUGCUCGUUUCUCGCUCUAAUUCUCACUCUGCUUCAACUGUUGAUCAAAAUGGGUAGGAGACCUUAUGCUUCCAGACAUGCAAAUAAGUUACAAAAGCUAGAGAGCAUGAAUCCCUCUGUUGAGGCUGAAGAAACGAAGCCUGAAAACAAUAAUCAUUCAGAGAACGCAGAUUCAGACGCACAGGCUAAUCCUACUCUGAAUGGAGUGGAACUGCAAGAAAACACCAAAACGCUUUAUAGAAAAAAGGCAUUGAAGAAAACACCAUCUUCAGUUAGGCGGUCUGUACGUUUGCAGAGCACAGUUGCGGCUACAGAUAACCUAGACAUUGAACGUAUUUUUGAAGAGAUAACUGUCAGCGAUAGCGAGAAAGAAGACGAGCCAGCAGAUGAGGAACAUCCAGAGCUAGUGCCUGUUUCUUUUGAAAAAAUGCCUAUGGAAAAAGUUGACUAUAUUAUACAACUUUUGGAGGAACAGAAAAUGAAAAUGGAUGAAUUGACUUCUGGCUCUGGGGCAUUUAGGAAAGCCUUGUAUAGCGAAAGCUCUGCUAUUGAGCAUGUCACAUACAAAGCCUUGUAUAUCGACUCCCAGAAGAAGAUGGAUGCUUUAAUGGUAGAUAAUUCUCAGCUUCACAACAGGUUGCAAAAUGCGCUUGGCAAAAUUGAAAUUUGUGAGAAGGGGAAUAAUGUUACUUCUGAAAUGUUGGAGAAGCACAUGUUUCUAUGUUCAAGUCUGACUAGGGCCACUGAGGCAGCAGUAAACAUGAUGUCCGGCGCAAUGCCGAGUCCAGCAGAAAAUGGCGUUGAAUGCAAGAGUUCUGCUAAGAGAAAGCGAAGUGUUAAAGGUGCAAUAUAAAGCACUUCCUUUGUUGUAGCAAUGAUAUGCCCAUGUGAUCAGUGUAACUGCUCGGUAGAGUUAUGAGCUGAUCAAUUUUUGCACAGCUGCCUAGUGGGCUCAUAUCUUUUUGUUAUAUAAACUAGUACUGCUCCUUUUUGUUAACUGUAAAAUCGUACAAAUUUAUGCGUUAACGAUUCAGCUGUUGUGUUCUGUUCA